CCAUGAGAUUCAUGUCACAGCGGUUACCACCUACCUGAAAUGGUGUGAAAAAAACAUCGUCCUAGCUUUCGCAAUGACAUAAAGGCUAUGGGAAAAGGCACAUGGUAGACUUGCGUUCUUGCAUUUUCUUGUAGUUUGAUGUAAACGGCUUUAGGGGACGCAGCAACACUUGUGGUGAAAAGAUAUCAUACAUCAUAAAAGCAGUGAAGCUCGCGGGGCUGUUGCACCCGCAACUUGGGGCUUUUCCUUCAGUUUCUUUUUACCUCCCUCCCUUCUUUUCAUCAUUGCGCAUUUUUGGUUUGGUUAAUUCACAUCUGGAGUACAGCAGAAUUGCAUCAUCCGCUGUUUUCGACGCAGAUAAUGAGGGCUUGGAGUGCUCUGCCGAAGGAUACCGCGAUGAUCCUGUCGUUGAUCUUCAUCACAUUUUUAUCAGGUAAGAGACUAAUAUCGCUAAUUGUCAUUCCCCCGGGACACGAGGAUAUAAUAUGCUAAUUAUGUAAUGAGAUGGAAAUUACGUGUAACACAGCAGAGAAACUAAAACGAUCAAAUAUCAGCUCCUUAACUCUUACUUAACUGUAAUAAACUAACAGAUGGCUUUCAUAUCAGUCUGACCUAAUCCUGAUAAACUUGCGACAGUUUUAAUUACAAAGUCAUAAAUAAUGAGCCAAUAAGGUUCGUUUUAUUUACAAAACUCGUUUAUAAGUCAGAUUACAGUUUACGGAUAUAACUUUUUGACAGAUCGUCCUCUGACACCUUCUGAAGAUUAGAGAUGUUGUUGUCCUUGAAUUUGAUCCUCUGCAGUGCUGUCCCUGACAAGAGAAGGAAAGGACUGAGACAGAUCUAGAAGCAGACCUGUGCUGAUUGUGGCCACAUAUAACAUCAGUUUGACCAAAGUCCCAAAGAGGACCUGUGUGUGAAAUAUUUACUAUGUAUCAUUAUAAAAACAACUGGCAGACUGGUAUCUGUCUCCACAAAUUAAUUUCCUCUUAACUAGAAAAAGUGAUCAAAGUCUGACAGCAUAGCUGCUUCACAAUCAAUCACCACUGUUGAGCUUAAAAAGCAAUGUUUACACCGAUCUGAAUACCCAUUAAAAUUUAAGCUUUAGGUGUACGAAUAUAGACAAUAACCCACCUAAAUCUACCUCAAAUAACUGGUUGUUCUUUGGUGAAAUUAUCACUGCUUUCUUAGUUAUUUGUGUGCAAAAAAACAAAAAAACAAAAACUAUAUCUAUGGAUAAGCAUAUUUUCAAAUGUUACAAAAUAAUCGGUUUUAGAAUAACUGAUUCAUUGAUUUGUGAUAAUUUAAUGUGUGACAGUUUAUCUUUGCAGCUGGAAGAUUUAGAAGCAAAUGUAAGUAUUUCUUAAGCCACAAACUCCAAUGUUUCCCUGUGACAACACAUUAUUCUUCAUUUAGCUGUUAUUUUCAUUAUUAAGCAUUAAGUAGUAACCUAAUUACUGUGCUUAGAAAAAUAGACAUAGAGGGGAAAAUGCAAAAUAUAUUUUAUCUAAAUAAUAAUAAUCUUAAUAUCGAUAUAACAGAUAGAAGAAGCAGAGUAUAGUACACCAGUAUCACACCCUAUCUAAGAAAUAAGCAUUUGAAUGUGUUUUGCAUCACUGGCUUGCUAAUUACUUUAUUUUCUUGCUCCAUGCUCAGUUCCGUCAGCUGCAAGAUGUUUGACUAUUUUAUUGCACGUGUCAUUGCAUUCUCCGUGACACUGCCAGUUAUGGUUGGAGGGUUCUUAUCUGGCAUAGAUCAACUUUCAUCUUCAAAUUUCAGACUCAUAGCAAGCAUGAUUAUGUUGUAGUGCCCUGUAACCACUAAAAAAGAGCAUGCACGUACAUACAUAAAACAGCGGUUUAAGUCAAGGUUUGCCUUUGUGACUAAUAUCAUUUUAUAAAUGAAAGUGAUAACAUUUACUAAUAUAUAUGAGUGACUGAUGCUUCUCUAUGGUAUCGCUGCAAUUACAGUUAAUUAAACAACAAAAUCUGUUAAGCUAUAUAAUGACAAAAAACACGUUGAAACAUGUUUUCUAGUAGAACAUGUUAGAGUGUGAACACUGGGCUCAUUCAAAGUAAUAUUAACUCAGUUUUUGGUCAGAGUAAAAAAUGUCAUCAAUCGUUCAGGCUCUGCAGAGGACUAGGAUCAACACCUAGACCAGAUGCCCCUCGAGGGCCGGUGCCCUUCAGUUUUAGAUGUGUACGUGAUCCAACACAGCUGAUUCAAAUGGCUAAAUGAUCUCCUCAACAUGUCUUGCAGUUCUCUAGAGGCCUGGUAAUGAACUAAUCAUUUGAUUCAGGUGUGUAGACCCAGGGUGAGAUCUAAAACCUGCAGGACACCGGCCCUCGAGGCCUGGAGUUGGGGACCCCUGACCUAGACUGUAAACGAUUCACUAAAGCAUAGCCAAUAAACUGCACAGCAAAACUAAAUCUCUAAAUCAUGUUGUUCAUUUUGUUCAUAAUGUCUGUUGAUAUGUUGGCUGAUAGUGAGACAGAGCAAUGAGUUUACGUGCAAGCUUUAUCGAUAGGCAGGAAGCACAUGUUCCCCGGGACUUUAAAAAAAAGUUUUAAAUCAGCCAGAUUUCUGUCUGAUAUACUCAAACAUUUUGUUCAAGCAGCCCUUGAGCUAGUUCAUGUUAUAAUUUUAAUCAAUGACACGCUGAAAUUAUUUCACUUUGCAGGUGUCUGUCCCCAGAGUCCCAAAGAAAUACGUGUCAAGGAAGGGGAAAUUGUGGCAGAGUUCUUCAAGGAGUGUGAUCAUAAUGAAACACUCUGGAGAAGUUUCACCAAGCAGGGGAUGCAUCUACACAACAACACGCCUGCAGCUGAGCACAGGCAGAUGGGAGUGAUGGUUCAACAGGGAAUCCUUGUGAUUCUCAGUGCCUCUGAGAAAAAUGAGGGAAACUACUCAUGCUCUCUCAAGAAUUCCAGCAAACAGUCCUGGAUAAGCCUCAAAGUUUACACAGCACAGUCCAGAGACUCUGAGCAAAUGAACCAGAUCUCUAAAGAAUGUUACACAGAGGAGUACUGCAAGUUGGAUUGCCCUGAAAAAAAAGUUCCCUUUAACACCCUGAAUAUCACCAGAAGCGGCAUCACAUGGCACAAGGAGGGCGAGCCAUCUCCAAAAGACGACUACUUCUCUAGUGUGAAAAAAGAGGACAGUGGCAUCUAUACCUGCACCUGGUCUUACCUGUAUGAUGGUCAAAUAUAUAACAUGACCUCUAUGGUGAAACUUGAUGUCCAACCAAGCAAAAUAACUAAGAAAGCAGUGAUAAUUUCACCAGAGAACAAGCAGGUAUUUGAGGUAGAUUUAGGUUCAACAGUGGUGAUUGAUUGUAAAGCAGUUAUGAUGUCAGAGACUGAUGACUUGUUUUGGUUAAGUGGAAGUUCAUUUGUGGAUACAGACACUAGUCUACCAAUUUUCUAUAAUGAUACACGGGUCAUCAGCACAGAGGAAAUCAGCAAGACAACAUCUCUAAUCUUCAGAAAAGUGUCAGAGGACGAUCUGUCAAAAAACUAUACCUGUAAACUGCAAUCUCCAUACCAAACAAGCUUUGUCACUAUCACUCUAAAACAAAAAGCUUCCCGUUCGUACACGUCUCUUGGUGUCUGCUUUCUCAUCAUUGUUGUGGUGACAUUUGUGACUGUAGUUAUCUAUGUGAAGUUUAAGAUUGACAUCACUCUUUUCCUAAGAGACACUCUUAAGUGGUCUGGCGGCAUUUCAGAUGGAAAAUGCUAUGAUGCCUUUUUAAUGUGUUACAAAUGCGACACGGCUGGAGGAUUAAAUCCUAGCGACAAAAGAUGGCUGGAGAGUGUUUUGGAAGAUAAAUUUGGUUACAGUCUCUGUCUUUAUGAUCGUGACGUCUUACCAGGGAAAGCAAUCGCAGACGCUGUGCUAGACUGCGUAGAGCAGAGCCGGGCGGUAGUUUUGGUUCCCGUCUCUCCAGACCCUGAUCCAGAAUCUGGCCUGCUGAGUGCGAUCCAUGAAGCCCUAGUGGAGCGGCAGACUCGCUUGGUUUUCAUCACCACUGAGACAUCAAUGGCUUCAAAAUCGGAUUCCUUUCCAGAGGCUUUACAGCUUCUUAGUAAGGCUGGGAACUGCGUCACCUGGAAGGGCAUAAGCUCCAUGCCGACUUCCUCCUCCUUCUGGAAGCAGCUACGAUAUUACCUUCCUGCACCACAGCAGGCGCCAACAGUAAAGCUUUUACCACACACAAUCCAGGAUAUUACUUCAUGAUAAAAUGUUUAGCCAAGUCAGAAUUAAUAACUGAUAUCUGGUCUUAACAUAUGAGUAAGUUUACACACGUCAUCAAGAGCUUAUAUUUUGAGUUUAAGACAAAUUAAUAUUUAUGGGUUUUUUUUUAAUUCGGCAUUGUUAUUUUAUUCUAUUUAAUCAAUUUUAUUCCUGUUUUUGCAAACAUUUCUUCUGUACAGUAUGACAAUACCAGCAACUGUUUUAGUAAGCUACAGAGAAUUUAAAUGUAUGAAGUUUAUGUGUAAAAUUGCUUCAUCUUGUUGUGUUAUUAGGCAUCUUUAAAUCAGCCUUUAGGCUGUUCCUCCUGAUGAGUUCAGUCCAAGUACUGUUUUCAUAAUGUUUCAGUGAAUGUAACUCCUAGUUUUCAUCAUACCAUACUUGAACUUUUCUCAUUUAUUAUUACCAAUGCCAUAUCAUCCUACUCUUUGUCCAGUUUUUAUCUUCCUCGCUUGUACAUACUGCUUGCACUUACUGAAACAUAGUGCCUUUUGGCCAAAUAUGUUCAAAGCACAUGUCAUCUUAUAUAUUAAUAAAAUUAAAAUAAAUGUAUUUUUAUCCUACCUUAUGUAUGUUAGGAUGCCUGGGUCGUUGACCCAGGGUUUUUGAGUUUAUUAUA